CGCUGUUCGUGUCUGUGCUGUAUUUCCACCGUAGAAGAAGAACCCGUAGACACAACAAUAACACAGCCGUUAGCUGCUCGGAACCUAAAAACCGACCAAAUGUCCGUUUUUCGGUUUUAAAUCCAGGUUUCACUCAAACGGCGGCGGAGUGUCAGCGAACGGGACAGAACGUACGCGCGCGCGGAGCCCAACCCGGGCGCCAUGUUGUAGUUUUUCAGGCUUUUUGUGGCGCUUUCCGACAGCAGACACAAGCUAACAGCGGCCCGCUCUGCCCCGCUCGUCUCCGCUUCGGUUCCGUUGGAUGUCACCGGGCUCCGGUUCCGCUCCGCAGACAUGGAGAGUCUCUACAAACGCAAAAUGUUCGCGUCCAUGCGGAAAACCAAAGUGGCCGCGACCAAGAAGCGGCAGAUCGGCCUUCCCGCCUCCAUCCUGGACGACAGUGACGAAGGCUCCUUCUCCUCCUCCUCCUCCUCCUCCUCCGGAUCCCAGUCUGACUUCCAGAGCUCCCCGGAGGACGACAGCGACCGGGAGGAGGAGCGGGACCGCAGCGAGUCCGGGGCCACGUCCAGCGACGACAGCCGCUCCGUCAGCCGCCGGAAGCGCUCCUUCCUGGGGGGGGACGACAGCUCCUCCUCCUCCAGCCCCGGGGACGAGGAGGCCGAAGAGGAGGACCGGAGCCAGCCCCGGAGGAUGGUGCAGCCGCGGAAGAGGAGCCGGCUCCAGCGGCAGGACGAGUCCGACUCCGAGAACGCGGAGGAGAAGCGGAAGGAGGCGGCGGACAAGGCGAAGAGGAGGCAGAGGCACAACAAGCUGUUGGCCCUGUCCAGGAGGAUGAAGGCCCGGGUCCCCAACAGGAGGAGGAGCCGCCUCAAGCAGGAAACCGGUGAUGAUGAUGAAGAGUCCAAAGAGGAGCAGGAGGAGGAGCAGGUGGAGGCCAAAGGAGGUGAUGCAACAGGAGAAAACGGCAACAAGAAGGAGGAGGAGGAGACGACAGGAAGAGGAGGAGCCCAGAAGAAGAUGACAGAAGGAGGAGGAGCCGAGGAGGAGGAGGAGACGACAGGAGGAAGAGGAGCCGAGGAGGAGCCUAAAGGAGGAGGAGUGGAGGAGGAGGAGGAGAAAUGAUGAAGAGCAGCGUAUUGAAUGUCAAACUCUGAACUCUGCUGUUCGGUUUCCAUGGUUACGUCACUGAGCCUCCACGCCUCAUCACUGAGGUCAGCUGAGUGGGCGGAGUCACGCCUGCAAACAGGUGACUGAGGCUCUGCUGAGGAUCAUGGGUAAUGUAGUCUGUCGAGCAGCAGGUGAUGUCAUGAGGUCAGGUGAUUGGACGUGGACUUAAAGCCUUUCUGUUGUAUCGUAGCUUUUUCUGUGUGUCUCUAAUACUCCAGCGGCGGUCCGCCUGACCUUUGACCUCUCCCUUUCCUUCCUGUUUCCUUCAGAAGGCCGUUCAUUUCAGUAGUUUUUAGCUCCGCAGAAACGUCCUGUUGAUAAAUGCUCAAAGAGAUUUUUCAGUUUUUGUGUCAAAGACAAACGGAGGUGGACGUUGUUGUCAUAGCAACAGUUUCAUCAUCAGUGUAUCAGCGGUGAGAUUUACGCCAGAGGAGGCUCCGCCCCCUCGCUGAUGUGGACGUAAACGUUCAGCUCAUCAGUAGUUUUUCAGACUCUGUACUCUGAGAUUAACGUCACUGAUUUGAAUUCAUCCUGUGGUUUAAUGGACAAAGUUUCAACCAGGAACCCCAACAGUUACUGGGGGGGGGGGGAUCCAGUCAUCCGGCCUUAUAUGAACUUUAACCCCUGACGGUUCCACCACUGGUCUGAAAUUCACUGAAGUGGAUUCUGUCCUGAUCCAACAACUCACCUGUGGGAUCUGAUGGGGUCUGAUGUGGUCUAAUGGGAUCUGAUGGGGUCUGAUGUGGUCUAAUGGGAUCUGAUGGGGUCUGAUGUGGUCUCGCAUGUCAGGGAUGUUAAACUCAUGUUAGUUCAGGUUCAUUUUCAGACCAGUAGGAUCUGAAGUGGAUCAGAACCAGUACAAUUAUCCACAGACUGAUGGACAUCCCAGUGGAUCUACAAACACACAGAACCUUUAAUUAGAAUAUUGGAACAAUUACACUGAUUAAUAUGAAGACAUUUCAGCUUAUCCACAUGUUUUGUUGAAGGAUAGUUUGUAAAUAUAAAUAUUUUCAUGUAAUUUUCUGUUUUUAUGAUGAAACACUAGUAUAAAUGUAUAUUAGUCUGUAUUUAUGGGUUCUUCUGUGGCUCUGGUUCUGGUCCUGAUCCACUUCAGGUCCUGUCGCUCUGCUUGUGGAACACGGAUUGUUCAUAUUUUCAGUGUCAUUUUUGCAUUUGUGGGCCUGGACUGGACCCUUUGGCGGCCGGUUUGUAGGCCACAGACUGUAUGUUUGACCCCCCCCCCCCCCCCGGUCAUACGUUCACUAAAUACUGAGUUAAUUAAACUCUUGAUUGUUUUCAGAGCCGCUUAGUGUGUGUUUAACAGUCUGCUCUUUGUCUCCACAUGGGGGCAGAGCCAUUAAUCGUUCAGGAGUUUGUGUUCACCAUCUCAUUCGCCUGACGUCAAAUUAACGAACGUCUGAAAGCUCAAAGUGGGCGUGGUCUCGUAGAUCAGAGCCGUUGGACAGGAGACGUUCACAGACUGUUCUCAUUCUGGGUUAAAGCAGUGUUUUUUCUGUUGGAACUGUACAGGAGUUCAGUUAAUCCAUCUUUAAAAAAACCUUUUGUUUUUGCUGUGUGAUGAUGCUGCUGCGGUGCUGCCUUCAUGUGCUGAUGGAAAAAAUAGGACAAUAUGGCUUCCUGUCUUCCAUCUUUGAACGAUGGGUUCAAGUGCAGUGGGAGCAGUGGGUGUUUUCUGUUUUGGGGUCCUUGAACUCAUCACUGCUGUGCAUUAACCUGCUUUUGUGUCCGUUCAUGUAAAUAAAGUUUAUAAUCACAAAGUC